UCACUCUCUGAAGAUCUGCCGGAAAUUCUUGUGGACGGAUUCCCUGACAGUCAUGGCCUGGUUGCGUGCUGAUCCCCGGAAAUACCGACAAUUUGUUGGGUUUCGUGUAGCUGAGAUAUUGGCACUUACGGCAGUAGACGAUUGGUAUUGGGUUCCAUCUAUCCUCAAUAUUGCGGACCAAGGUACUAAAUGGGGAGAUGGUCCUAGUUUUGAACCUGACAGUCUUUGGUACAACGGACCUGAGUUCCUGUUUCUACCGUCCGAAGAAUGGCCGAAAAGAAAGCAACUCUCCGAAGCUCCAGCAGAUGAAUUACGAACCGUACACGUUCAUCGUCUGAAAACUGAAUAUUGUAAAACGUAUAUCAGUAAAUUUUCGCAAUGGGAUCAGUUGAUUAAAAAACUCGCUUACCUCUACCAUUUUGUUCAUCGUAGUCGCACAAAGAACCGUACUGAUACAGAUUUGAAAUUCGUCGUUCUUAAUCAAGCGGAUUAUGUUGCAGCUGAAGCGGCUCUAUGGCGAGUAGUUCAGCAAGAAGAGUUUUCCGAAGAGAUAGCAACGCUGAAGAAAAACUCGAAGUCUCCGUCACAAAAAUGGAAGCAUGUAGCUAAAAGAAGUCCGUUAUCAAAACUAUCCCCUUUUUUCGACGAAUUUAAUGUUCUUCGGUCAAUGAGCAGAAUCGAUCCUGAAGCUUCGUAUUAUUCCUUUAAUUUUCGAAACCCAGUAAUUGUGCCAAAAGACCACCCUGCUACCAAUCUUCUUAUUUUGCGCUACCAUCAGAAAUAUGGGCACGCCAACACAGAAACGGUGCUCAAUGAACUUAAGCAGCAGUAUUAUAUUCCUCGAAUGCGGGCCACCGUCAAGAAAGCUAUCAAGAGUUGUAUGUGGUGUCGCGUUUACCGGGCCAAACCAUGCGCUCCUAAAAUGGCCCCACUUCCUCAACCCAGAGUUAAACCCUACGUUCGGCCAUUCACGUUCACCGGCUUAGAUUACUUCGGGCCACUGUUAGUUAAGCGUGGUCGUUGCAACGAGAAAAGGUGGGUAGCGUUAUUUACCUGCCUUAGCAUUAGGGCUCUACAUUUGGAGGUGGUACAUACGAUGUCAGCUGAUUCCUGCAAAAUGGCAAUACGACGCUUUAUAGCCAAACACGGUCCUCCUCAGGAACUGUACUGCGAUAACGGGACCAAUUUCCGAGGCGCAUCCCGAGAGUUAGCAGAGGAAGCGAAAGAAAUCAACAAACAACUGGCGAAAUGUUUCACGAACAACCAUACGGCCUGGAAUUUUAAUCCGCCCUCUGCUCCACAUAUGGGUGGCGUCUGGGAGCGAAAGGUGAGAUCCGUGAAAGAAGCCUUUAAAACUUUAUCACACAAUCAGAAGCUCGAUGACGAAGCGCUCAAGACACUACUUUCCGAAGCCGAAAUGAUUGUGAACUCUCAUCCACUCACUUUCGUCCCUCUGGAGAACCCGGAAGACGAAGUCUUGACUCCAAACAACUUUCUAUGGUUAACCUCUGGAGAAGAUAGCAGACCACCUAGAGUGCCAACGGACGAUGCAAUUUCUUUACGAUCUAACUGGAAACUGGUUCAGCAUCUGGUCAACCAGUUCUGGAAGCGAUGGAUUCAGGCCUACCUACCAACGAUUGCCUGCAGGACGAAAUGGUUCGAGCAAACCCGCCCAAUGGAGGUCGGGGAUCUUGUUGUCAUCGUCGAUGAAUCGGUGCGGAACGGAUGGCUGCGUGGGAGAAUAGUUAAAUCGUAUCCUGGGAGAGAUGGUCAAGUCCAUAAAGUAGACGUGCAAACUUGUGAUGGCAGUAUCCUUCAGAGGCCAACGGUCAAGGUGGCACUUCUAGACGUGCAGGAGAAUAGUAAGAUCGAAUAACUACGACGUUACGGGUUGGGGUGUCAGCACGUCUGGCAACAAGGGCAGUGAAAACCGACGUCGACGCCGACGCUACCAUGAGAGUGCAAUGAUUAAGAGAAGAACUACUAAGAAGAACGUUUCCUGUAUAAGUUAGAAGAAAGUGGCAAGCGAAAAUUGUAACAGAUAGGAGUGAUUUAGCAAAAAUUUCCGAUUAUUCCAAAAUUCUGUAAACACAAUAGCGAACGAUCUGUACUUACAAGUCACACAAAAACCAAGAUCACACGAAAGGCAUGUGGCAUUAUUGAAUGCUUACGAAGAAAACUUAUUUGUAAGUACUGA